AAUGACAUACGUUUUCACAGUCUGAAAAAAAGACAGUCUAGUGUAAAUUUCGGUAUGAAAUAAAUCAUUGCGCAGCUGAUAUAAGAAAUUCGGGAUAUUCCCGACGGAUUUUCCAAAUUUUACUAGUUUCCCACAAGGAUGAGUGCAUUUACAGCAUCCUCCAAUGGAAAUUUACUUCGAAGAGGACUCCUCGGUCCUCUGUCCCAGAGGAACAUAUCGGCUGCAAACGUAUGUUUAGCCCAAAAAAGUGAGAAGCACAGCGAUGGCUUCCUGUCAAAAUUGAAAGAUAUUUUCAAUCGAUCAGCAGUCUUAGAGUCUUGCAGGAAUCAUACGUCAUCCGAUGAAAUGGACCAGUACGGUACUGCCCUGCAUUAUGACCAAGCUAUACAGGGUCUCUCGGGAUUAGAUCGACAUUCGCUGCGGCUUAUUCGCUGUAGAAUAAAUCCUCACAGCAUUGGAUAUGAUCGGGGUAUCACGGCAAUGAGUUGGAUGGGCGAACCGAUAGGACUUUCAUCGAGAAAUACAAAACCGCCAAUCAGAGAACCGAAUAUGCCGGAAAAGCCUAAAAAGGAGGAGAAAAAGGAGAAGAAGCAAAAGAAGCCAGUUAUUCGAGUGGACGGUGCUGACGAAGUAACGAAUAUUUUGGAACCGGGAAGAAAGGAAAUAAGUCAUUCGGAUGAGACAAAUUGUAAUUGCCAGUGGGGAGUGAAGUUGGCUGAAAGUACCGCACGUUCUGAUAAACCUGUAUUACGGAAUAUACCGGAGUAUGUUAUUAAGCAAAAAUGGGGCGUGAACGUCAAGGAGUACUUGACUAAAGCAGAAGCAGCAGCGACUGCAGCAUCAGAAGCUGAACCCAAAGAGACGGCUAAGGACACUCGGGAAGUUGAUGCGAAUUAUGUAAAUCUUGGGAGUGCAUCGAACGCCAGGACGCGUACACACGUUACUUCAGGUGACGCUCCGCAGAGUCCAUUACAACUAAAAAAUAUUCAGGUUCAUCAAGCUGGGGAUUCCUUGGAAGCCUCGAAUCGUCGUACUGCAGACUCUACUGGGAAUGAUAUAUCCAAAGAUAUGGAAAAUGAUGACAGAAGUAUUGCCGAGAGGGCUGAGAUUCAUUCGGAAAGGUCCGAAAGUAUUGGGAAGGAAAUUAGGGAUAGCAAACAGUUUGAACGUUGCUUAGAUUGCGACUACAAUAUUCCGGAAAAUAUACCUCUGGGUGGAGAAAUUUCAGCUUGGGAAGAUGUCGCGGUAAAGUCAAAAAUUCGUGAACAUAGUCUCGCGGCAAAUAGGGCAUCCGCAAAGCCGACGAAAUCUUCGAGCAGAAUUUUCAUUCGACCCGAACCUCCUCAACCGAAAUUGGACAUAGAAACCGUAAGAGCCGCUAAUGAGUGGGAUGAUAUCGAGGAUGAGGUCAAUAGAUCUGAAUACAAAGCACUGAGGUCAAUGGAGAUCAAACGUGCCCUUAAUCGAAUGGAUCCUCUAAGUGCUUUCCGGAAAAUUGAUUAUACUACUCAAAAAAAGUUACACACCUACAGUACGUGCUCGCCCUAUACACUGUACUUCGACAAUAACCUGCCUGUUAACAAGAUAAUAAGAACGAGAAUGAAAGUAAAUACAGUCUCUUCUGCCGGCAGUAAUUCCAGAAAGGAAUUUAACACGGAAUUGGGAAAGAUUAGAAAAAUCCCAAGAAAUCAGAAUCCUAUUGAGCAACUAGAGGUUCAAAGUCCAAUCGACCUGGAAAGUUUAACGACUCAGCCGAAACUCUCUACAGUUGUUACUGGAAUGUUGCAGUCUGAUCAGGAAGAAACAAAAACUCAAUUGACUGUGAAGGAUUCGGGCGCGACUGUGGAUAAAAUUGAGGAUAACGAGGCUCUCCUUAAGGAGGAUUCGAAUCUAUUAUCGCACGAACGGGAAGCUGAAAUGGUUCUUGCAAUUUCAUCCAACGAAGACGCGUCUGAUGAUCACGUCAAUUCAAGCGAAGAUUUGGAGCAUGACGAAUCUACAGAAUCCGAUGGUCCUGCGGAAGCUUUUUUAUCCAAGGAAAUUUCGUCGGACUCCGAAGAAAAGUCUUUCUUGAACUUUGACUCCCCUAAGAAAUCUGUAUCGUUAAGAGUGACGUCGGAAUCUUCAGAAUCUCCCGAAUUUCUAGUCAAUGAAGAGCAUUCUACAACUUCCAGUUGGCAUAACAGGAAUGACCUAAAGGAAAAGUAUGAACUCUCAAAUUCCCAGGAGGAAGAGGGUUAUGAAGAGGACGAUGAAUUUAUCAUCGACGGAGAUUUUAUAAGGAUGCCAGGUGAUCCUUAUCCUUACAGUAGAGACAAUAUAAAGAGAUGGCAAGUGCCAAGUGGAAAAGGAAUCAGUAAAGAAGACUCCGCUCAACCGCCAUUGAGUACUUCGGCCAACGAAGCGGUCCGGACUUACGAUAAUUAUAAAGUAUCCGAGCUUGCAAGUUCUCCUAAUUCUGAACGAGCCGCGACACAAUUUUCCGAUUCCCGCCACCGUAUGGAGACUGAUUCCAUUCAGCAUCAGGCGCCCGUCCGGAAAAUGUCACGAACUACCCAAAAGGAAAGGAAAACGUCAUCUAUCUCGAAACUCGGCGAACUCUCUGAAGCUAGAGAACAUUCGCCAUUACGUUACUAUAAAACAGCUAUAGAAAACCAUUUGGUGCCAAACUGUCUACGAAAUAAUAGCAAACAGAAUUUCAGUACCAACCAACAAAAUUCAUCCCUCAGAGGAAAUCCCAUUCUGUCACCCCGUGCUAUCUAUGCAGAGAGUUAUCUCUUUAAUAUCGACAGGAGAAGCAUCCUGAAUGACAAAACUGAGACGAGUGAAUCUCAGAAGGACAAACAGGACGAUGCUUAACAUAUUUUCGUAAUAUAUCUGAAGUUGACGCUGUCCGGGAAGCAAUCACAGGAGCGAGCUACUGAGAUCAAAGAUCGAAUUGAUGGAUCCGAGGAAUUUGAGGAGCCGAUGAAACCUAAGAUAAGUCCUGACGAUCAUCCUUGGUCUGAGCAAGAGAGGGAACACGACACUGAGGUGACGGAUCG